GAAACUCUCACGCACUCAAAAGCGUUACACAGAAAAUCUCAAGGGUCUCCAUCGUCGUCUUCUAGCGAAAAGCACCACUCCCAAACCUCAACCGCACUGUGAAAAUUUCUCCGGCGAUAAGGCCAGUAGUUCACCAUGUUCAGUCAGAGUAGCAGUAAUCGGUUUUUGCAGAUAGAAACAAAGUCUGGAUGUUUUCUGCAGGAACUGCAGAAAAUAUGGGAUGAAGUAGGAGUGCCUAAUGUUGAAAGGGAUACAAUGCUUUUAAAAAUCGAGCAGCAGUGUGUGGAUGUGUUUAGGACAAAAGUUGAUGAGGCGGAACAGUGUAAAGCUCAACUGCAGCAAGCAAUUGCUAAUUGUGAAGCAGAGUUUCUAGACAUAUGUGCUGUUCUGGGUGAGAAACCACCAGAUUUUGAUCAUAAGAUCAGUGGAAGUUUGAAGAAAGAGUUUGAAAUCAUUAUCCCACAAUUGGAGGUCAUGAAGAAGCGGAAAAUUGAAAGGAAGGACCAAUUUUUUUCUGUCUUGGAUCAGUUACAGAGACUUUCGACUGAAAUAAGCAGGUCCUUGGAAGAUAAUCUGUACAAAAUGGUGGUGGAAGAGACUGACUUGUCCUUGAAAAGGCUAGCAGAACUACAUAGGCAGUUGCUUGAAUAUCAAGAUGAGAAGAGGAACCGUUUGAAGCUGAUAAUGGACCACAUGAGCAUGCUAAACUCUCUGUGCUUGGUUCUUGGUAUGGAUUUUAAACACACAAUUCAUGAAAUCCACCCCACCUUAGAUGAUCUUAAUGGAGAAAAAGACGUAACGAACAGCACAAUCGAGGGUUUGGCUAAUUCGGUUCAGAUAUUGAGAGAGGUCAAGAUACAGAGAUGGCAGAGGCUUGAAAUGUUCGCAAGUGCCCUCUUGGAGAUGUGGAAUCUGAUGGAUACACCCAUGGAGGAGCAAAAGAAAUUUCAGAAUGUAACUAGUCGCAUAGCUGCUUCAGAAUCUGAAAUCACUGAGCCUAACAUUCUUUCUGUAGACCUUCUAAAUGAUGUUGAAGCUGAAGUGUCAAAGUUGGAGCAGCUCAAGUCAAGUAAGCUCAAAGAGAUCCUUCUGAAAAAGAAGUUGGAACUGGAGGAGGUAUGCAGACAGUCUCACAUGGUUACAGAAAUACUGAGUGCUGCAGAAUACUCAAAUGAAGCUAUAGAGUCUGGAGCUGUGGACCCUGCAUGCCUGUUGGAACAAAUUGAGCUUCAAAUUGCAAGGGCAAAAGAGGAAGCUCUAAGCAGGAAAGAAAUACUAGAAAAGAUUGAAAAGUGGUUGGCUGCUUGUCAAGAAGAAUCCUGGCUAGAGGAGUACAAUAGGGAUGAUAAUCGCUAUACAGCAGGAAGAGGUGCUCAUCUUACUUUGAAACGUGCAGAAAAAGCGCGUGUUUUAGUAAACAAAAUUCCCGCAAUGGUGGAAACAUUAACUUCAAAAGCCACAGGUUGGGAAAAAGAAAGAGGACUAGAAUUCUUGUACGAUGGUAGCGAAUUGCUAUCAAUGCUCAAACAAUAUAGCAUGCUAAGGCAAGAGAAAGAGCAAGAAAAGCAAAGACACAGAGACCACAAAAAAUUUCAAGGACAACUGCUAGCUGAGAAGGAAGUACUUUAUGGGUCAAAACACAGUGCAUCUAAGAGUGGGAAGAAGGUUUCCGAUCGAAAAAUGUCUCUUGGUGGGCCAUUAAUGCGAAACCAGAAGAUUGAGAAAGCUGCUCUACAUGUCCUCCACCCUAUAAAGAAGGGUGACUCUCUCAAUCAAAGGAGCUCUCACCAGCAAUACAGUGGAGUAGAAGCUCUAUCCUUUGGGAGGAGAGGCUCAGAGUUUUCUGGUCAUUCAGUGAAGAACCAACCAUCCACUGCUGCAAAGGCUCGUGAGAUGGAAUCGCCAUUGAUUCGGAAACCCCUUUCUCCUGUCUCUUCCAAAGUGUCAUCGAAGGCCAACACUCUAAAUUUCCUUGAAGAUCAGAAAAGACAACAGAAGAAAAACAUCGAAUCAGUACAUCUUUUUAAAGAAGUCCCCAUCAUGUCACCUUCCAUUGAAGCAGUACCUCUUUUCAGUGAAGUGCCCAUCAUGACCCCUUCCAAGCCAAUAAUCGUCAAUGAUGAAGAGAACAGUACCCCCAAGACAAUGCCAAUUCAAGUGCCUCCCACUCCUUCAACAAUAUUAGUUCAUACACUGACAGCCACACCAGCUACACCUUUCACCUCUGGUGCUCACAACAAGUUUGAGAAAUCUGGUCGACAAGUUGAAUACUCGUUCGAGGAGGUGAGAGCUGGUUUCAACCGUCCUAAAUCAUACAAUGCAGGCAGUUAGGAAUGGUCCUAGUGGUAGCGGAACACACUGACUAGUUUUCUGAUAUAAUAAAGAAUUAAAGAGUUAUGUUAGAUCGCAUUGUAGGCAUAAAUGAGUCGCUCUUGUUAAGAGAUGUGAUCUAUAAUGUGGUACAAAUAGUUUCGUUGUACAACAAACUCUAUUGCUCAUCAUACCAGAAGAGUUUGACAUU